UUUGGUAAUAUGAUAGACUGAAUUUUGUGAUAAACUUGAUGACCCUACACAUUCUGAUCACAGCUGUGUGAAUGUUUGCACAAAAGGGUCACAAGAUGAUUGGAAAUAUGUUUAAGACAUAUCCACGUUUAGCUAUAGAAUAUUUGUCUGUUGUCUGAAAAACUGCUCAUUUGAGCUAAAGACUCAUUGAAAUACCAGACCCAAGGCGGCAAAGGAUCUUACGAUUCUUCUUUUUUUGAAAGAGCAAUCGUGUGUUUAAAAACAUAACAAACUGUAGUAUUGUUUCUCUGAGCUCACAAAUGCCAGAUGAUGUGCAGAGCCCAAGUAAUACCACUAAUGAUGCAACACUGUAUAACCUGGGCAACAGUGACAUGCGUCGUGUGAAUAAUUGUGAUGAAAACCUUUUCAUGUUUGUGGAUCAAUCUGACAGCAACUUGUCAAGCGCCAUGUUAUUCAACAACGAAGCUGAAACAGCCUCUCAUCGAGGAUUCAAACCACGAAAAAGGUUGUGUGCAAAUUGCAGCACCAGCUACCACCCUGUUGCAUUGCAGUUGUGCCAAUUCAACUUUGAACAAGCGAUGUACAUCUGCGCACAAGACAAUUGUCAGUAUCCAUUAUUUGAGGAAGACUUGACACCUUUCAUUAUUCAUCACAAUGUGUUUGAGGCAGUUAAUUCAAGAAGAAGAAAAAGAAAGAAAACAAAGCGCCCAUCACAUAACGAAAAGACAAAGCGUCUCAUGUUAGAGUCUCACCAUGCACAAGUAGAUGAUGAUCUAGAAGAUCUUCCAUCCAUCCUCCCAUUUACAUCAUCCUUAACGAACAAUUCCAACAUUCCCUAUUAUGAUGGUGUAACCGAACAAGAAGCUAAGAUGAUCUUAGACAGCUUAACUUCUACACCUGAAAACACCAGCAGUGAUUAUUCCGGGAACGAUGUUACAGAUCAUACACUUACACCAAAAACAGAGUUAACUUUUCAAUCAAACCGUAAAAUGAAUAUUUUCCAUUCAGAAGAAAUACAACCAGUCAUUAAAGAACUAUCUGUUAUGGAGUCUACUCUGCCAUCUGAGGCACAUUUUUCAGCACCCAAUAAUGAUCCAAUAUUGCCGGAACAAAAUUUGCUUGACGAAAUAUGCCAAUCAAUGGAUGUCGAUUUUAUGACAGAUAAUGACAUUCAGGUCAAAGAUAAUAAACUUAAAAACUCUGUAAUCUUAAAUGAACCUGCAGCGCAUGCUAGCAUGGAAGACUCUGCAAGUAUAAUACUGGAGGCCACAACAACAAAACAGCAAGAGGAUCAAAAUGUAACUGACUUUAGUGUGAUUAGUUCAACUGUUGGGUUGAACUUGCCAGAAGAUUCAAAUGCUAACUUAACCAUACAAACUGUUGCAUCGAAUGUAGUUGAGAACAUUGACGCAGAUGAUAAAGCUACCUCACUGUUACAAACUUCUAUUGAAAAUGAUAAAAAUAUGGAAAUAGGUAGAAAACCUGAAGAAAAAGAACAAUUUCCCAAAAUAUUUCAAACUGCUAUCCCCAAUGUAAAAGAUAUUGAAAAGUAUCCAACACCUGAAGAAUUAAACAGCGGGGACAGUUUAAAGGAGCUUUGUCUUCCACCAAAAUAUAAAUACAACGUUCAAUGGCAGAAUAAACAGAACAGUUGUUGGUUAGAUUCGAUUCUAACAGCCAUCAUGUUCAGUGUUAAUAUACGAGCUGCUAUCAACUGUAAUAUGGAGAAAUAUGCCACGUUUCAUAGGUUAUGUUUGGUUUAUGAUGUUUGUCAGCAAAAGCAUAACAACCCUGCAGCUGAAGAUGAUAUUUCUCAAAUCUUUUCCAAGUUAAACAAAGCACGUACACAUGUGCUUGAUCUACUGCUUCUAAAGUUGCCUUUUCUAAAACCGGGUGCUCAUGAAAGCUGCUUUGAACUGUUUCCAAAUAUCCUCAAAUUGGAAUCCCUUUCUCAUUUAUUUUCACUGACGCUAAGGUAAGCACAAUUACUCAUAUAUAUAUACUUUAACUUAACAACAGCAUGGUUUAAUCUAUUUUACCUUUACCAGAGUGCUAGACAUAAUACCGCCUAUGUUU